CGAGGAAUCACUUUCCAAUGCCUGCAAGUUCUCAUGGCUUCGGUGAAGAUGAUCAAAAUUUGUGGGGAAGCUUCAGUAGUGGUAUGUUGAUGGUCGACAUCACGCUUUUAGCUUCUACAGAAUCCCUGAAACGAUAGUAUGUGGGCUUUGGACAUGGAAAUCGCCGCCUGUUUCUCCUCCUCCGCCGGCUUUGCUGCCAAAUUUGGAUGCCUGUACGAUCACAUCCCACUUCACGCCCAUACCCAUAUCAACGGCUAUGGUUCCUUCUUGGGAUUUCGCGGGAGUAGCAGAGGCAGCAGAGCAGUGGUCGCAGGCGGGUCAGCCUCGGCCUCCGCCAAGAAGCUGGCCGUCAACGGAUACGCCGGUCCCAGUUCCACCACUAGCAGGUUAACCUACACUUGGAACGAUUCCUGUCUGGUGAUUCCUCCGCCCGCCGGCAAGAAGCCACGCGCCAUCAUCAAGUUCUUGGGUGGCGCCUUCAUCGGAGCUGUUCCAGAACUUACUUACAGCUACUUAACUGAGCUAUUGGCAAAGGAUGGGUUUCUGGUGAUAUCAGUGCCGUACAAUGUGACGUUUGAUCAUGUCCAAGCUUCCCGGCAAGUGUAUGACAGGUUCAACGGCUGCUUGGACAACAUCUUAGCUUCUGGACUGCCCAAUUCCAAUCUAUCAGCUGCCCAACUUGCUCGACUGCCCGUGUUUUCGGUUGGCCAUAGCAAUGGUGCCCUUCUUCAAGUACUUGCCGGGAGCUAUUUCUCUGAUAAAGUCCCUAAGGCCAAUGCUAUAAUAGCAUACAACAAUAGACCGGCAACGGAGGCCGUGCCUUACUUUGAGCAGUUAGGUCCUUUAGUUAAUCAAAUGGUGCCUCUUAUAGAAGCAUCUCCAGUUUCUUCAGUGGCAAGGACUGCCUCAGGAGAUGCAUGGAAGGCGCUGAUUGGUGCAGCUGGAGCUAUGCUACCAGACAAUCAGGAAACUCUAAGUUCGGUGACUAAAUUUGUUGAUCAGUUGCCCUCAGUGCUAAAUGAGGUAGCACAAGGGAUAUCAGAGUUUAAGCCAACACCCUCUGAAAACCGUGAUUUUUGUAAGAGCUCGUACAAUGUCAAACACACGCUACUGGUGAAGUUCAAUUUUGACGCAAUUGAUGAGACAGAUACUCUUGAAGAGACGUUAAAGCCUCGCGUGGAAUCUAUUGGCGGAACACUAGAAAAGGUCGAAAUAAGUGGUAACCAUAUUACUCCAUGCGUACAGGAACCUAAGUGGCAAGCAGGUUACGUUUACACUCCAGCAGAUGCUAUUGCUCAGAGUCUUAAGAUGCUUUCGCUAAAUGACGUUAGAGUCCUUUCGAGAACUAUAAGCGACUGGUUCAGAGGCUUUGAAGAUUGAGCUGCCAUGGCUUCAGUGAAUUCAUGUUGUUAGUUAGAGUCCUUCAGAGAAAAUUCAUGUAAAGUUUAUGCUACUUUUGAAUACAUUAGUUGGGCCACCAAGAGAGCAGUGUCUUAUCUUUUACUGGCGUUGGCUUGAUAUUGUUACAACAGUAAUGUCACACUUAUCGCAUUUUUUAUUACAUUUGUACUUUUUCUUUA